GCCAUUUAACUGUAUGUACUCUGGGUGAGAGCGCAUGUCUUUGGGGCGUGAGCUCUGAGUGCAAACAAAACCAUCCACCUGGUAUAUUUUACAGAAUACAAGUCUUCAACUCUAAGAGCUGUGCAACCAGUACAGUACUAUGGAGAGGAAAGCUCAAGCCAUAAAAGACUGCAUACUGAAGCAGCCUGUUUGGAAAAAGGAGAACCUUCAUCCCAAAACAUGGUUAAAAUCAGACCAUGUCAAAGGUUUUACUGAAUUCAUACUGCCAAAGGACAUUGCAGAAGAUGGUGGUUAUGACUGUAAGGAAAUGUUGUUGGAGGUUGAGAAAGACUUCAUAGAAGCAGCAAAGAGAAACGACGUGGAGGGCAUGAAGCUUCUCGGGAGAGGCGUUAAUGUCAACUCCAAGAAUGUGCACGGUCGAACUGCUCUUCAUUAUGCUGUGGCCUUCAGAAAUGUGGAAGCUGUUGAUGUGCUCCUUCGAAGGAGAGCCAAACUAGAUUUGCAAGAUAUUGAGGGUCUGAACAUGAUGCACUGCGCUGCCAUGAACAAUCACACUGAUAUUGUAGCUUACAUUGUUGAUGACUUGCAAAUGGGAGAACUUGACAAAGAAGACCAAUAUGGUAACAGGCUUUUUGCCCUGGCCGCGGCACACGGCUGUGUUCGCAUGCUACAGAUGCUGAUGGAGGAGCCUUACAACAUGGCCGCCAUGGAGGAAAAUAAGGUUGGGGACACACCUCUGCAUCUGGCAGCCAAAAAUGGUCAAUGUGAAGCGCUGCAGUUACUUCUAGACAACUUUAACAUUCGCAAUGAGGUCAACCAGGCAGGACAGACCGCUCUGUAUCUGGCUGCAGAUGGAGCUCAUGAGGACUGUGUACAAGCCCUGCUGGAGGCACAGUGUGACCCAAACAUCUUCACCUUAAGCAGAAGCAGUCCUCUGCAUCCAGUCUGUGAGAGGGGCCACUUUCCUAUUGUCAAACUCCUCAUCAAUAGUGGAGCCCAAAUGAACGCUCAGAACCAGCAAUUGCACACUCCAUUUCAUCUGACAGUGAAGAACUGUCAUAUUCCAGUAAUCCACACCUUACUUGAGGCUGGCUGUGAUCCAAACGUAAAGGAUCAUAUGGGGCAGACUGCACUCCAUAUCGCCGCUGAGAUGGGAAAGGUGGAUGUGGUGGAGAUGAUUCUGAAAGCUGGGGUGGAUCUGGAGAUUCAGGACAGGCAAAAUAAAACAACUCUUAGAGUGGCAGCGAGGGGAAAUAUGGUGAUUAUUGUGGACAUGAUCAUCAAAGCUGAGAGAUAUUUCAGAUGGAAGCACGAUUUUCAAAUGACUAAUACAGAUGCUAUUGAGAGCCUGCACAGCGAAUCACCGCUGACGUUUAAAUUAGAUCACUCUCCUGACACAAAGCCGGUGCGCGAUAUAAUAUGGGACCUCGCAUACAAACACCUCAAGCGCAAUGACUGGAAGAAGUUGGCGGAGCUCUGGGAGUUCACAGAUGAUCAGGUGGCUGCCAUCGAGGAGCAGUGGACAGGUCCUAACAGUUUCCAAGAGCAUGGGAACAGGAUGCUUCUGAUCUGGCUUCAUGGAAUCAUGAUAGAAGGGAGCAGCCCAGCCAAAGGCCUGUAUGAAGCACUGCUUUCUGUUGGGAUUACAAAGAUUGCUGAAAAAAUAAGAAUGGAAGGAACAAACAUUGAUACACGGAAAUGCACAGUUUCAUGAAUUCAAGAUGCUACAAAGACUGCUAUGAACUAAAAACAGCACUUUAAUUUCUAAUUGAUCCAACAAUUAACUUUAGUACCACCUGUGGAUUAAGGUACAGUACAAAUUAAUACAGUAGCUGACUGAUCUGAAACAAGGAAUCAGAAAAGUGUUGCAGAUUUUGAUUAUGACUUUGUAAAACAUUAUAAAGUAAAUGGUGAUAAACAACUUUAAUAAAUUA